AUGGAAUCUAUUAAAAUAAAAAAAUAUAAAGAGAGAUGGAGAUCAGCUGAUUUGAUUGAUAUCAAUGACAUUAAGAGGUUAUAUGGUGCAAUGCACUUAGCAUGUUGCUAUUUCACACCAGCAGAACAACAAACUUUGUUUUAA